AUGAACAACGAUUUAUGUGAAUUAAUUGUUAAUCAUGCAAAUCAAAUAUAUCAAUCAUUAGCCAAUCUCAAUGGAUAAUUAAAUGAAAAUGGCAGCAUAAGUAAUUUAUUUUUUAAUAUUUCAAUAGUAAAUCACAAUCCUACAUCAUCAAACACAUCCACAACAUAAGGAUUAGUAUUCAUAAUGUUCUUACUAUUUACUGCAUAUGCAUUAUUAUCAAUAUUCUCUCCACAACGAUAACCAGUUACACAAAAAGGCAAUAUAUAAAACUAACAGAAUAAUAAUCAUCAUGAUGAUGAUUGAUU